CAGAAGAACAACUAAGUCAUCGUUUCGAUAACUUCAAAAACCUUUGAUCUUUUUAACAUUAUCAAAAAUUCACAAAUAAAAAUAAAAUUAUAAAGAAAUAUUUAACAAGUUUUCUUUAAAAAAAGUAGAGGGAUAUCCCAAUAUAGCAAAACAAGCCUUUAAAUACCGACUGUCUUUGUAUCAGUAAUCAUACAACGUUGACGUUGUGACUAACGUAGAUCGUAGCGUUAAGUUAUUUUUACGCUGUUUGUAAUAACAAUGAAUCACAGUAUUACGUGGAUUGUUGGAGCUAUUUUAAUAGCUUUCAAUUUUUUCGGAAAUACAAUGGCAGCAGUAGUGCCAGAAAAUGAGGAAGCUUUGAAAACAGUUUCUGAUGGAAUCAAUCAUUUCGCAGCAAAUUUCUACAAAACGUCGUCAGAUGAAGAAUCAGAUAAUUUGAUCUGCUCCCCGUUAAGUGCAGAUAUUGUAUUAUCAAUGACAUCUUAUGGUGCUGGUGGAAAUACAAAAGAACAAAUGCGAUCAGCUUUACAUAUUCCUGCAAAUGAUGAAGUUGGCAAAAAAGGAUUUCAGUCACUAAUUGAUAAUCUCAAUAGUUUGAAGAAAGUUGAAUUGAGAUUAGCUCAAAAAAUUUUUAUGCAAAACGGUAUCGUAAUGAAACCUGAUUUCAAAGAUACUACAGAAAAUUAUUUCCGAUCAACUGCAGAGACAUUAGAUUUUAGUAAGUCUGAAGAAGCCAGUCAGACAAUUAACAAUUGGUGUUCAGAAAAAACUAAUAAUCGUAUCAAAAAAGUUGUUGAAGCAGAUGAUAUCAAAGAUGCUUCGAUGGUUUUGGUUAAUGCAGUAUAUUUCAAAGGCUAUUGGAAUUAUCCUUUCAAAGGUUAUAAUACUUCGCCUCGACCUUUCCAUGUUGAUGAAUCAACUACGAAAGAUGUUGAUAUGAUGUAUCAAGAACACUCGUUCAAUUAUGGAGCUCUACCUGAUCUCGAUGCUAUUUUUGUGGAACUUCCAUAUGAGAGCGAAAAUGAAAACGAUGCAACUAGCAUGUUUAUAAUUUUGCCAAAUACAAUAACGGGAUUGAAAAAACUUGAAGAAUCUCUUUAUAAAAUAAACUUUAAAGAACUUCAUGAUAAUGAGCAUAGGACACUCAUGCAUCUUGAGAUGCCGAAAUUUAAAAUUGAAAGUACACUUCAACUUCAAACAAUACUCGAGAAAUUGGGGAUGACUGACAUGUUCCAAAGUAUUGCGGAUUUUAAAGGAAUAACAGAUGACCCACCGCUAAAAAUUAGUAAAGUUAUCCAGAAAGCUUUCAUUGAAGUUAACGAGAAAGGAAGUGAAGCAGCAGCAGUUACUGCUGUCGUUGCCGUUCCUAUGUCUCUACCGAUUUAUCCGGUAAAGCCUAUACGAGUCAAUGUUGAUCGUCCUUUUGCAUACGUACUCCAUCAUAUUGCAACAAAUACAAUUUUGUUCCAAGGACAUAUAAAAUUACCAAGAAUGUAAAUUUUAAAAAAUUAAUAUCUACGUAAAAAUAGAUAUCUUUAUACAAUAAAUACAUUGAAUUUAACUAUGAUACUUUAUAGCAAUAGUUAAAAAUAAAUAAAUAAAUAAUUAAAAGCUGA